AUGGUGUUUUGCGAACGAAAUGUUAAGAAAUAUUUCGACGACCAAUUAAUAGAUUACUUAAAAGAAGGUAAAUAUCAGGCGGUUGUGCAUCUGAUACAAAAUAUACCGGCAGAUAAACUAGUAGACUGUCGCGGCACAACUUUACUACAUUUGGCUGCCAAGUACAAUAGUGCGAAUAUAGUGUAUUAUUUGAUAAAUCAAGGGUCUGUAAUCGACGCCGUCGACGAUUGGAGUACAACGCCACUUAUAAUGGCUGUGAAAGAAGAAAGUGUCGCAGCAGUGAAACUACUACUGGAAAAGAGUGCAAAUAUCUACCCAACUGAAUUGUACGAAACGUGCGCACUUAACGUAACUAUGAAAUUAUCUGCUUUGUCAUCGAAAAGCUUAUCAAUAAUAAAGGAAUUUUUUAAAGUUAUAUCUUUCGAUCUCGCGAACGGCCGAUUGAGCAUCAACGAAUUGGCGAGUAAACUGCAACAAGCCGAGUGUCCUCUAUAUCGAGCUGUCUAUUUGUACAAUCCCGAAGUGACGAGAACGAUGAUCAGUUUUAAACCUGGCUGCGUUAAUUCUCAGGACUCCGAUACCGGCAACACUGCGCUACACGAAGCUGCCUAUCAAUCGGACAUUCCAAACAUGCUAGUACUCUUGCAGAACGGAGCUGAUAUUAGUAUUAAAAAUAAAAAAGGGAAAGAACCGGAGGUUCUCAAGUUCUGUUACAACAUGGAAAUACUUAGUCUACUGUUGAAAAGGAAUAUCGCGUGGGAGGAGUCGGAGAACGAUAGCAAAGCUAUGAAGCUAAGACACGUUUUAAGUAAGUGUUCUAAGGCAGCUGUGCAACUGUUUUUACAAUACUGCAAUAUAAAUUUUUUGAGGAGAGAUAACUUGGAGAAAACAGCUUUAUAUUAUUUAAUUGAAAACAACAAUAAAGAUGUGUUGGACUUAUUUAAGUACACCGACAUUAAUGUGAAUGCACUUGACAGAAGUAAUCAUUCUGCAUUGCACUACGCCGCGCUUUAUGGCGAUCCAAUCUCUACUCAAUUUUUAUUAGAAAAGGGUGCUGAUCCGAAUAUUCGAUGUAACAGUAAUUACACUCCUCUGUUAUAUGUCAUUCAGCAGACAUCUUCUGAUUCCUCUCUCAGAAAGAAGUGCGUUGAGCUUCUUUUGUUAUUCGGAGCUGAUCCGGAGUUUCAGAGAGAUGGAGAUACAGUGAUCGGGCUAACUGAACAACUUGAUUUGUCCCAUUUAAUAGAGCCGCUGUUAGCACACUUUGCACUGCUCGAUUCUGAAGACAAGCCGAUUUCUGAUCGAUCUUCGAUUUCUCGGGCGCAAAUCACUUUAUCUCAUUUGACAAUAGAUUAUUACAACCAGUGCCUAGCCGACCUUGAACAUUUGAAACAAGAAAAGCUAUAUCGCUCACUCACGAUGUAUACAUUUCUCGUUUCAGACGAAUACACGUUGGCGAGCUACAUUCAUAUACCAUCUAUUUCACAUAGAUUUUCCCAAGAACAAAUUCAUUAUAAUUCAUUUUACAAUGAGAUUUUGAAAAGACACUUUAACAAAGCCGUGGAAAUUCUCAACUUAAGAAAGUCAGCAAUGCGUCGUUUAAGCGAUAUGUUUCGAAUAUGGGCCUCAGACGAUCACGUGUUAGAAUUGAUAGUAGGUUUUUUUAAAUACGAAGACUUGGUUAUAUUACACGAAAAUUGA